UACCGGCUAACCGGCAGAAGGUCACACUGCCAAAAUUGGCCAAUUCUCCUAUUUUUGCAAUCUAAAAGCUAAAAUCUGGGACACAUAAUAAAUCCGGCGUCAGCGACCCAACACCCGCUACCCCCCCUAGUGAGACGAGACCCAUCCCAGCCAGGCGCAGUGGCCAAUCCAUAGCCAAGACAGCAGAGCAGCCGCAGCAACCCGCCGCAGAGAUGGGGCUGCCCUCCAUCUCGACAAUGCUGGGCGUGGCAUUCCUGGCCUACAUCCUGCACUCCAUCUACCAGAUGUCGCAGCUCUUCACGACGCUGCAGUGCAGCAAUCUGCCCUGCUAUACCUCCUUUCUAGCCGAUCGACCGCGCCUCCAAUUGGCUCUGUUCUCCUCCCUCAGCCGCAAUCCCAUUGCCUCCGAGGUGCGGGAUCUGUACAAGGCGGAGCGUUUUGAUUACCACGAGAAUUUUGCCCAUGACUUUGAGUUGGAAAUCCCAUUGAAAACGCGACGCAAUGGCUCGCUGUACUUCCAUGUGGUGUUGGCCUUGGAGGGAGAGCCUUUGGAGUGGCGCAGCCUGCGACGCGAUGGUCCCACUGUGGUGCAUACGCUCAGCUUGACGGAUUACAUGGUGCCCAAGGCGGAGGCCUUCAAUCUGUUGGGGGAAUCAUCAUCAGCCACCAAUGAGAAAUCAAAGGAGACAAAGGGAAAAACUGGUGUUCCUGUUAAGAGUGGUCGUCCCAGCACUCAUAUACGCUCCAAUGUGUAUGUGACCCUGCUCACAGAUCUCUUUUCCGUUUCACAAGAGGAUGUCCCACCGGAAUUGGCGCCCCUUAUACGUGUCAAUCGUAUGCAACAGAUACUGCCGAUCCUGCAAACGGACACAUUUAAUACACGGCUCAAGGAUCUGGUGCCCGUGACCCGCAAUACCACCGAGUUUACGUUCAGUUUUCAUUACAAACCCAUUGGCGUGGGGAAGCUCCGGUUGAUGCUGCUUAUGGAGCAUGCCACGCAGGCACUGCUCACCAUUGGCUUUGCCACCAAGGAUAUUGAUGAGGUCAAGGGUGUGUUUUCGGAUACCAAUGUCUAUCUGCUGUGCGGCACCAUCUUUGUGUCGAGUAUCCAUAUGCUCUUUGACUUCCUAAGCUUCAAGAACGAUGUGGCCUUUUGGCGCAAGAAAAGCUCUUAUGAGGGCCUGUCCAGCCGCACCACCAUGUGGCGUGCCUUCUCCCAGAUUGUCAUCUUUCUGUAUUUGCUGGACGAGCACACCUCAUAUCUGGUUUUGGUGCCCGUGGGCCUGGGCACUCUCAUCGAGCUGUGGAAAUGCAAGAAGAUUAUGCGUUUCAGUUUUAGCGGUUUGAUUGGACGACGGCUGGAGGAGGUGGAUCGCCGGAAUGGCAAGGAGCCAGAGUUUUCUACAUCCACGUUGGCGGAGCAGCAAACGAAUCACUUUGAUCGACAGGGCAUGCGGUAUCUCAGCUAUUUGCUGUAUCCUUUGUGCCUGGGCGGAGCUGUUUACUCGCUAAUCUAUCAGCCGCAUCGCUCGUGGUACUCCUGGACAGUCAAUUCGCUGGUCAAUGGUGUCUAUGCCUUUGGCUUUCUGUUUAUGCUGCCGCAGUUGUUUGUCAAUUACAAGCUCAAGUCGGUGGCCGCAUUGCCUUGGCGUGCGUUUAUGUACAAGGCUUUUAAUACAUUUAUUGAUGACUUUUUUGCCUUCAUCAUCACCAUGCCCACGGCCCACCGGGUGGCCUGUCUAAGGGAUGACAUAGUGUUUAUUAUUUAUCUGUAUCAGCGCUGGCUGUAUCCGGUGGAUAAGAGUCGCCUGGACACGGGCAUGCACAUUGAGGAGACUACGCAGGAGACUUCAGCAACGGCGGCGGCGACUCGCAAGAAGCGAAAUUAGUCUGAAAAAGAGGCACAAGAUUGCUUGCUCACAUUCCAUUCCGUCUUAAGGCACCCGAAGGAUGCCCUCAGUCAUUCCACUUUUUGAAAAUAAAUGUUUUUGUAUGCUUUUUUUAAGCCUAAAGAUCUCGGAGUUUGAAGAGAGGCCAAAAGGAAAAUGCAGCCAAAAAGUGAAAAACUAUUUUUAAAGUAAAAAAAAUAAAUGAUACUCCUCUGGAAAAGUUAACAAACAAUAAUAAGUAGCCAGGUUUUAUGUAAAAACCAUAAAAAAAAUCAGGUUAAUCGAAGGGUUUUCCUACUUCAACGGGUAUAAAAUUUAUAUAUUUUAAUUUGUUUAUUCAUUUUUUGAGAGUAAAUUAAUUUUUUGUGGAGAUAAUACUUUAA